AUGAGUUCGGAAAAUGUCCUCCACCACUCAGCUCGAAACAUUAGCUCAGAACAUGAGAUCGGAAAAUGUUCUCCACCACUUAGCUCGGAACAUGAGGUCGAAAAAUGUCCUCACCACUCAGUUCAGAACAGCUCGACAAGAUCCGCAAGAAGCUCAUCUGCAAAGGAGGCAAAACCAUCAAGAGCAUCGAGGUCAAAGUCCCCGAGAAGGAGAAAGAAUCAAAAAAGCUCGAAUCCAAACCCACCGACCCCAAAUCCAAAGAAACCCCUCCUCCUCCGGUGGCGCCACCUUGCUACGACUAUUACGCGUACCCUCAGUUGUGCUACUACGGGUGCAGGGGGCAGAGGGGCUGUGUCGGCCACUCUGAUUAUUGCUACUGUGGGUGCGGGGGGCGAAGGGGUUGUGUCGGCCGCUUGGAUUAUUGUUACUGCGGUUGCGGGGGGCGGAGGGGUUGCGUCCGCCGCUCUGAUUAUUGCUACUGCGGGUGCGGGGGGCAGAGGGGCUGCGUCAGCAUCUUUGAUUAUUGCUACUGCGGGUGUGGGGGGCGGAGGGGCUGCAUCCGCCGCUCUGAUUAUUGCUACUGCGGAUGCGGGGGGCGGAGGGGCUGCAUCAGCCUCUCUGAUUAUUGCUACUGCGGGUGUGGGGGGCGGAGGGGCUGCAUCCGCCGCUCUGAUUAUUGCUACUGCGGGUGCGGGGGGCGGAGGGGCUGCGUCGGCCGCUUUGAUUAUUUCAACGAAGAAAACACCUUAG